AUGAAGCUCAACCCUGAAAAAUGUUCAUUUGGGUUUGAGGAAGGCAAGUUCCUGGGCCAUAUUGUUGGGAAACAAAGCAUCAAGGCCAACCCAAACAAGGUGAAAGCUGUUCUUGAAGCCAAACCACCAAAAACCAAGAAGGAAGUUGAAAGCUUGAAUGGGAAGCUUGCAGCCUUGAAGCGUUUUACCUCAAAGUUAGAAGAGAGGUCUCCCUCCUUCUUUAAAAUGCUCAAAGGUUGCACUGAUAAGAAGGACUUCAAAUGGACUGAAGAAGCUAAUGCAGCCUUUAACCAAAUGAAGCAGCACCUAGCUUCCCUGCCUGACAUGGCAGCCCCAGAAACGGGCGAAUUGAUCUCAGUAUACCUUUCAGUUGCCGAAGAAGCAAUAAGCGCGGUCCUCACAAUCGAACGAGGAAAAACCCAGGUACCCGUCUAUUUCUUCAGCAAAACUUUAAAAUUGGCUGAAACCAAAUACCCUCCUUUAGAGAAACUUGCCCUAGCCCUCGUGCAAACAACUAGAAGGCUUCGAAGGUAUUUCCAAGCAUACCCUAUGCAAGUGGUCACCGACCAACCCAUCAGGAGUGUGCUUGAAAAACCGGAAAACUCGGGACGAUUAGCCAAAUGGGCCAUAGAACUAGUUGAGCAUAACAUCACCUAUGUCCCAAGAAAAGGUAUCAAGGCCCAAGUCUUGGCUGACUUCAUCAUAGAAGUCCCUAAACAAACUCUCACUGAGGUAAACACAGCCGCCACUGAACCCUUGAACCCCGAAGUCUGGAAGCUCUUUACCGACGGAGCUUCAAGCGUUGAGGGGUCCGGGGCGGGGCUUAUUCUAAUCAACCCAGAAGGGUUAGAAUUCACGUAUGCUCUUCGUUUUGACUUUCAGACCACCAAUAACGAAGCGGAAUACGAAGCACUGAUCACCAGCUUAAGGCUGGCUAAAGAAAUGAAGGUCCAAAAGCUUGAAGUGUUCACAGACUCAUUACUGGUCUCAAGCCAAGUAAACGAUAGCUAUGUUGCCAAAGAGCCCAACAUGAAACGGUACAAAGAAAAAUCUAAAGAAUUGAUGAACACCUUCCAAAUGUGUACAAUCAAACAGAUUCCAAGAUCCCAAAACAAGAAGGCAGAUGCCUUAAGCAAGCUUGCAUCUCUCACUUUUGCUCACCUAACAAAGAAGGUGUUAGUAGAAGUGUUAAAAGCUCCAUCAAUUGAUGAGUUGGAAGUUCAGGAUGUAAUCACUGAUGAAGAUCCAAAUUGGAUGACUCCAACCAAGAAGUUCCUUAAAGAUGGUGAACUACAAAAUGAUCAAGUAGAAGCUGAAAGGGUUAAAAUCAAGGCAAGGCAGUACGUGCUACAAGGAGAAACCCUUUACAAAAAGGGUUACCUUGCCCCCUUGCUAAGAUGUGUUGGUCCUGAGCAAAGUCAGUACAUGAUCAAAGAGAUUCAUGAAGGGGUAGUCGUCACUGAUAAUGGGAAGCAAUUUGUUGAGAAGCCUUUCAGCAUUUGGUGUAAAGAAUACAGAAUCAAUCAGGUCUUUAGCUCAGUGGCUUACCCGCAAUCAAAUGGCUAG